UUUAGAAACAUUAAACCAAUUCAAGAGCUAACAUAUGCAAUGAAAGUAUAUACACUUAAUUCAUGAUGUUAAAAUAAUAGAAUGUUUAAUUGAAAAUCUCAAAGUUGGGGUAUAAAUGUUAAAAUAAAGGAAAAAAAGAAAUUCGCUGGAAGAAAAUUAACUUUAUAUUUUUAUAUCUGUUUUUGAACAAGGAAGUGAAGCGGAAGAACACCUUGUAAAUCUCCAAAGCGAAGACAGAUAACCCUAAGCUGACCCAGACCAAGAGUGCACUGCCCUUAGGGUCCCAAGAGCAGACACCUUCCCAGGUCCUGCAGGGUCUGAGGAGUGGGCAAUGUUCCCGGCUCCCGCAGGGUCUCGGGGCGGACACCGUCCUCAUUGAUGCUCUGACCCUUCUAGGGAGUCCCAGGUGAGACUGAAGCUGGCGUGGCGGUACAGCGCCUUGAUCCUUUGAAACAAGCCGCCGAAGCCCCAUCCGCCUCCGCCUGCUAAUGUUAAAGAACUAAAGACGCCCUCAGCCUCCCGGCGGAGCGAGCACAACUUCCACAGCAGGGUAGUAAGUUUUCCGUAUUACAGCGAACACCUGGAAAUAUCGCGAUAUCUGGACCUAGCAAUGCCAUGAAAUUACCGCGAGAGGAAGAAAGCGCAAGUUUCGUGAGAACGGCAGAUCUCACGAGAGAAGAUUUGGCGCCCUCCGUGGAUUCUGGCUAGGCCGGGUUCGGCGGUUGCUGUGAGGGCGGGCUUCCCAGCACCAUGCCGUCCGCCUUCUCCGUCAGCUCUUUCCCCGUCAGCAUCCCAGCCGUGCUCACGGUACGGCAGGGUCCCGGGGAGUCCAGGAGGCGGUGGAGUGCGGCACUGUCUGGAGGGUUCAGUGUAGUGCAGAGAGGUUGGAGAAAAUCAAGUCUUGCACGUGGCGAUGGCUCAAGAUUCCCCGAGGCCUUCAAUGCUGACUAAGGAGCCUGAAAUGAUUAUUCAUGUUUUACCUUUGGGGCUGAGCCAAGUGCAUCUCUUUGAGCAAUCGACUUAAUUUCCUUGUCGUCAGUCACCAAUUAUCAUCACCAAUUAUCAUCAUAAAGGAUGGUAAUUCCUUUAUACUCAGCUUAAAAACAUGAUUCUGUUCCACAAAAGGGGCACAUCAGAGAUGCCCUCAGUUCUGUGUGCUUGAACUUUGAAUUCCAUGAAUUAUAGUUGUACUGGGGGGAGAAUCCUAUUUACAUCCUCCUGGUUCCUUCUCCCUUUCCUGUCCCCGUGUUUCUCUGAGGCCUGGCAAUGCUCUCUGGAUACCUUGCAGACGGACUGGACUGAGCCCUGGCUCAUGGGGCUGGCUGCCUUCCACGCGCUCUGCCUGCUCCUCACCUGCUUGUCCUCCCGAAGCUACAGACUACAAAUCGGGCACUUUCUGUGUCUAGUCGUCUUAGUCUACUGCGCUGAAUACAUCAAUGAGGUGGCUGCGAUGAACUGGAGAUUAUUUUCAAAAUACCAGUAUUUCGAUUCUAGAGGGAUGUUCAUUUCUAUAGUAUUUUCAGCCCCGCUGCUGGUGAAUGCCAUGAUCAUUGUGGUUAUGUGGGUAUGGAAGACUUUGAAUGUGAUGACUGACCUGAAGAAUGCACAAGAGAGAAGAAAGGAGAAGAAAAGGAGAAGGAAAGAAGACUGAGGGGCAGCAGCUGCUUGGAGUUUGCGUCCUUCCCGUCCACCCUGGCUGCUCCCAGUGCUGCAGUGCGCGUGGCGUGGGCAUCCUUCCAGCUGACUCGUGGUUUGAAAAACUGUUGUUUUAUGUAAAUAUCCAUCGCGGUAGGGCACACACUGAAGUCGGCUUUUCUGCCAGCACUGAAUGUAUCCAUCAGGACAUGUGUCUUCAGGCGCCUGAUCUUUGUAGUCAGGCUGUGGGAACGGUCUCUGCAGAGCUUCAUAACUGGGAAUUUGAUUUGAAGAAGUCCAUGUCAUAUGUGUAACUAGUACUAAUUAUAAAUAUAAAAUACACAAUAUAAAAUAUGAAACUCAAUAAUAAACAGUGCCACCCUGUACAUGGGCACCAUGCCCUCCUCUUCGUGCUGUGUUUUCUAGCGCAUACCACAGUUCACAGUAGAGGGUGUUUUCACCUUCCAGGACAUGGGGCAAAGUUUGGAGAUGCUUUUGGUUGUCACUGGAGAGGGUGGUGCUCCUGGCUUCUCCUGUGGAGCCCAGGGGUGAUGCAUAAAAUCCUGUGUGCCUGGGUUGGCCAUAGCACAAUGACUCGACAUGAAAUGUCAGCAGUGCUGGGGCAGAGAGACUUUGGAAGGAAGCUUUUGGAAAAUAUGUUGUAUCUCAGUUUGAUGAACCAAUUCACAAGAGGCUAGGCCCUCUCUAGCAAAGUUAUGGGCUGCUUUCCCGAAAACAGAAUGGAAGCCCUGAAGUCAGCACUCCAUGGAGAAGCAUGUCUUUCCUAAGUGUCGCGGUGUUCUGUUGACUUAGGUGCUUGGGAACACAAUGCUCCCAGUUCUGUUAGGACAGGCAUACUGUUAGGUUGCAAUAUCCACUUUAUAAAAUAGCUCCUGCCCAGUGGCUCUUGGUUCCUGUCAAAUCUGGACCUGUAGUUUGAGAAUGACAGUUGGUUAGAGACCCAGGUAUUUAAAAAUAGGUGUUCAAUAAGGGAAUACUCAUUGUGCAUUGUAUCUGAUAGCAUGCCUAAUUGUGCAUUUCUGAAAGUUACCAAUUCAAAAUAUAAUUGGCACAGUUAUCUUUGAGUAGACAAGCCUGGGAAGAGAAUGUUGAGGUGCAGAGCUCACCAGCCAAGUUCAUGCCCCUCUCGGGCCUUUGUGGCUGAGAAGUGGGACAGAAAGAUGAUUAAGGUAAUAUCUCCUCCCCUGGCAUUGUCCAGGGCAGUUGUGUAGACAUUUGACUUUGCUGAGAGAAAAGAAACCAGGGAGUUUGUAAAGACUGUGCAUUUUUAGUAUAACAUUUUCACCAUCUGAUACGGUUUGGCUCUGUGUCCCCACCCAAAUCGCAUCUCAAAUUGUAAUCCCCAUGUGUCAAGGGAGGGACCUGUUGGGAGGUGAUUGGAUCGUGGGGUUGGUUUUCCCUAUGCUGUUCUCAUAAUAGAGAGGGAGUUCUCACAAGAUCUGCUGGUUUUAAAGACAGCAGUUUCCCCUGCUGUCACUGUCUCUCCUGCUGCCUUGUGAAGAAGGUGCUUGCCUCUCCCUCUGCCAUGAUUGUAAGUUUCCCGAGGCCUCCCCAGCCAUGUGGAACUGAGUCAUUUAAACUUCUUGUUUAUAAAGUAA